AUAUAAGAUUGGUUUCUUCGAUCUGCAACGUGGUUCUCCAUCCUCUUAAUGUUCGGAAUUGUCAAGUUCUGCUUACGUUAAGUUCAUCCAUGUCUCCCCUUGAAUCCUUGAUAGCUCGGGAAGGGAAGAAAGAGGAUGAAGACCGUGCGGUGAUAACAAUUAAAUAAAUUCAUGUCAUUCAAACGUCAAACCACCCAUUACAGUUCAACUUGAAAGUGUGGUGCAGAACAGGAUUGCAGAAGCCUCGGUAGGAUGUUUGUCCCAGACGCAAAGAUUGAGGCCUGCAAGUUCAAAGCCUUGACGCAAUGGUAUGGUUUGAAUAACUUGGCACUCUGCUGGUAUCUCCACGAGGUUCUGAUUUAACCUUUCUCUCUCUCUCUCUCUCUUUCUCUUUCUUGGUUCUUGAAAUGUGGCGAUGUUGCAGAGAGGAAUCUUCUUUCCCUCUCUUAUCCACAGUUUCUCUUGUGGCUUUUUAUCAAUACCCGGCAGAUCUUGCGCCUUCAGGUCGUUCAGGGCACACAGUGACGGGAGAGGGACUAUUUCGUUUGGGCAAUGGGCUUUGAUAGAUGGGGCAUCUCAAGGUUUCCCGCCAAAUUAGAUGGCCAAAAUCUUUGAUACAGAUAACGAGCGGUCAAGUCUCAAGUACACGAAAUUUUAGGAAAUUUAUUCUUGUUUGGAAGACAGAAAAAGGACUCUCACUCAUUCCAAUGAGCUUCCUUCCCUCGUUUACUCCGCAGAGAUUAUGCCAGUAACACUCUGCCUCUACAAAUUAUCAGUUCCUGUAUCCUGCUUCCUGCUUUACCUUCCUUCUUCCAAUUUCUAUUACUGUUCGGUCUGCACCUCCACUUCUUCAGGACAGAGAUGGUGAAGAGGAGUGAAAAUGGCUCAUGUCAAGACAGGAAGCAUUACUUCUUCAAGAUUAUGCUGCCGGGACUCCCCACCCAACAGUUGCGGAUUCCUCCAAAUUUUACGAGGCACAUUUCAAAAAGAGCAGCUGGAAGAGCAAUCCUAGAGGAUCGUAAGGGUUAUCGUUGGUUCGUCAAAUUAAAACAGACUUCAAGUGGCAUAUAUCUAGGGGAAGGAUGGCAGGAUUUUUUAGUAGAUCACUCUAUACUGGAUAAUGAAUUUUUACUAUUUCGAUAUGAUGGAAAUCUGAUAUUCAAUGUGAAAAUUUUUGGCAAGAAUGGAUGUGAGAGAGAUGCCAGUACAUUUACUCUUAAGACAGACCAAGUCUCUACAUUCUCAAAUAGAAGAGAGAAAGGAACUAGCCCAUCAAGAAAUCAUGUUGCUUGUGCUUGUGCUUGUGCCUGUGCCUCUCCAUCUCUAUCAAAGGUUUGCAGAGACGAUCCAGGUAAACACCUUGAGUCGAGGAAGAGGCUUGCAACUGAAGAAGAAAAGAUAAGGGUCCAGGAAGCAGCAGAAUCUUUUAUCUCCAAGUUUCCUUAUUUUAAGAGACGUUUAAAUGCAUCAAAUGUCAUGUUCCAAAGUGGUUUGCUAAAUCACAUCUUCCCCCAUGCAAAACAAAGAUUAUCCUCAAUAAUUCAACAGGGGAAUCUUGGGUGGUUAAUCUACUUUUUAUCAGAGGAGCACAUGCCUUAUGUGGAGGGUGGCCUGCAUUUGUACGCGAGAACAAGCUUGAAGAAGGAGACAUAUGCAUAUUCGAGUUAGUUGGUAAUCUUGAAAUGCAGGUGCAUAUUUUCCGGCUGUUUGAGGAGGGAAAACAUGUUGAUGAUUAAAGGAUGUUCCAGGUGACCAACUUAUCUCCUUAGUUCUACACAGAGGGCACUGUCAUUGGCUGGUAUAGGGUGGGAAUGUUCUUGGAUAUCUAUUAAUCUUCCUUUCUCCUUUUCAAGUUUUUGCAAAGCAGUUGACAUCCUGAUUUCAUGAUAUGAUAUGAUAUUUGUUGAAGACAUGUAAUGGGUGUUUGGCAUCGAUGCCGUUUUCUGCCACAUAGGCACCACAUCAGAAAACGGGAAUGUGCCAGACCUCCAUGUGUGACUACUUGUGUGGGGCUUUUGCAGAUGCUGGAGCCAUAGGUGUUAAUGGCUUAUGACUACUUGUGUGGGGAGCAGAAAGCAGCUUUAAACAUAAUUAAGAUUCCUACUGAAUUGCUAGACUACAUUCGCAAUCCUUUUAAUAACAUUUGAAGUGAUGACUAUGCCCUCAAACCUUUAUUUAUGUAGAAAGGCUACUUUUACAUAGAAUAUUUUACAGAAGGCCUUAAUUUGUACGUGCCUUGAGUAA